AUGAUCGUCAGUCAGAGAAUGGGUUCGAUGGGUAUAGCAGCUCAACCCUGUGAGGAGAUCAUUUACCGCUCCAAGCUCCCGGACAUCGACAUCCCCGACCAUCUUCCGGUGCACGACUACUGCUUCGAGAACCUCUCCGCCGUCGCCGAUCGCCCCUGCAUCAUCCAUGGGGAAACGGGGGAUGUCUUUACCUACGCCGAGGUGGAGCUCACCGCCCGCCGGGUCGCCGCCGGGCUCAACCGGCUCGGCAUCCGCAAGGGCGACGUCAUCAUCGCGCUGCUGCCCAACUCUUCCGAAUUUGUGUUCACCUUCCUCGGGGCGUCCUUCAGAGGCGCUAUCAUCACCACCGCCAAUCCUUUCUGCACCACCGCCGAGAUCCAGAAGCAGGCACAGGCCGCGAGGGCGCGGCUCGUGGUGACACAAUCAGCCUACGUCGGCAAAGUCCGAGAGCUGGUGCGGCUCGCCGGAGUCACCAUUGUGUGUACCGAUGCCCACAUCGAGGGCUGCCUACACUUCUCGACGCUGGCUGCGGCCAACACAGGAGAAAUGGCCGAGGUAGAGAUAUGGCCUGACGACGUCGUCGCACUACCAUACUCGUCGGGGACGACGGGAAUGCCGAAGGGGGUGAAGCUGACGCACCGUGGGCAGGUGACCAGCGUGGCGCAGCAGGUCGACGGAGCCAACCCGAACCUGUGGUUGCGGAGAGACGACGUGGUGCUGUGCGUGCUUCCCUUGUUCCACAUCUACGCUCUGAACUCGGUUCUUUUAGGCGGGCUUCGCGCGGGAUCGGCCAUCCUCAUAGUGCCGAAGUUCGACGCGGUGGUUCUUCUGGAUCUGAUUCAGCGCCACAGAGUAACCGUUGCCCCCCUAGUGCCGCCUAUCUUGCUGGCCCUCGCCAAGAGGCCCGACCUCGGCAGCUACGAUCUCUCAUCAAUCCGCAUUGUAAUGUCCGGGGCGGCCCCCAUGGGGAAGGACCUCGAGGAAGCCCUUAGCGCCAAGCUUCCCGCCGCCAAAGUCGGCCAGGUACUCUACUUUCGUUUUCCAGAGAUCCACAGACAAAACUCGGGAGGUGUUGAGGCGAAUCUUUGGACAACUUGCAGGGCUACGGAAUGACGGAGGCCGGGCCGGUGCUCUCCAUGUGCCUGGCCUUCGCCAAAGAGCCUUUCAAGGUCAAGUCGGGAUCGUGCGGGUCUGUCGUUAGGAACGCCGAGCUAAAGAUCAUCGACCCCAACACAGGAGAAUCCCUCCCCAGGAACCAAGCGGGAGAGAUUUGCAUCAGAGGAGCUCAGAUUAUGAUAGGUAACUCACUCCUCUCUCUCUCUCUCUUCCCAUUAACGUAGUCUGAGAUAUCGCUAAUAUAAUGGCGAAUAUCUGAGACAGAAAAACUACCGUAGGAUCGCUCUAGAGAGGGGAGAGAAUGAAGACGCGGCACCCUCGCUGUGGGGAACGCGGGCUAAUUCUCACACUAGAUCAUCAGAUACAGACCGCCGGCCCACUAGAUCUAGCCGCGGCCCGACAACGCCACAACGCCGCAGUUGAGCGGUCACGUAGGCAACUCCACUAGUCUCUGGCCUGUCUAUUCGACGGCAGUUGACCGGGGCAAGGAUGCGUAUAAAUUCGGGUUCAUACUAGUUGACCGACUCCAUCGGUAUUCACCUUCUAGUGAGUCGUAGGUGAGGUUGACGGGGACCAAGGUUUAUAUGAUAAGAUGAGUACGGCGGUUACCAACACAGGCCGCUGAUGACGGCCAUUAAAAAUCAUGAUUGGAUUGGACGACGCGAUGAAAAAAAGCCAAAACUAACAGUUCUAUCAGAAAUUUCUUAAAUUAUCUUCUUUAAAACUGUUGAAUGGUACGAGAACAUUCAGAUUGGAAGGUAGUAGAUGGUUCUUGGCGCUGCUGCACGGAAUGAUUAGGUUCAAGAGAUUCUUUCUCAGUGUCUUCGACACCGUCUUGAUCUUCCAGGCUAUCUCAACGACCCGGAGGCCACGGCGAGGACGAUAGACGGGGAGGGCUGGCUACACACUGGAGACGUCGGCUACGUGGACGACGACGACGAGAUCUUCAUCGUCGACAGGCUCAAGGAACUCAUCAAGUACAAAGGAUUCCAAGUUGCUCCCGCCGAGCUCGAAGCCAUGCUCGUCGCUCACCCUGGCAUCGCCGACGCCGCCGUCGUCCCGUACGCCUCUUCUGCAUGUCUCCUCCUCCCCGAACUGCGCCCCCGAGAAGGCGUAGCCUGAAAUCCCUGAUCCCUUUUCAGGAUGAAAGAUGAAGCAGCCGGGGAGGUCCCGGUGGCCUUCGUCGUGAGGUCAGGAAGCUCAGCCGUCUCGGAGAACGGGAUCAUGGAGUUUAUUUCUGCGCAGGUGAGGUUUAUACCGCCGACUGUCUCGUCGCAAAGCCCGCGCGGGCUUGUGUUUCUAACCAGGUCACACCUUUUCCUCCGGCAGGUGGUGUUCUACAAGAGGAUUAACCGGGUCUUCUUCGUGGAGGCCAUCCCCAAGGCGCCGUCGGGGAAGAUUCUUAGGAAGAAUCUUAGAGCGAUCCUCGCAGAUGGCUUCGCCGGCGCCUCCCGGAAUUGA